AUAAUCAGAUAGAUAGGAUUCGUUGCUAUCCAAGCCUCUGCUCUAAAAUAUUCAAAACAAGAGGAGUGCUUAUCCUUUUGUUCUAGCAGAAAAUUGAUAUGGAUCCCAAAGUUAUCAAGUAUGGAAGUUCCUUGCUUGUGCCUUCUGUUCAAGAGUUGGCCAAAAAGUCUAUCGCCACCAUUCCACCGAGGUACUUACGUCCUGACCUGGAGAAACCAAUUGUUUCCGACGCCAGUUUGAUGUCUGAGAUCCCGGUUAUCGACAUGGAAGGCUUGGUUUCUAAAGAGUCAAUGGAUUCUGAGUUAGCCAAGCUCGACUUUGCUUGCAAAGAAUGGGGUUUUUUUCAGCUAAUAAUUCAUGGAAUGAGUUUAUCUCUAGUGGAGAAAGUGAAGACAGAGAUUCAAGACUUCUUCAACCUCCCUAUGGAAGAGAAGAAAAAGUACUGGCAGAAUCCAGGAGAAGUAGAAGGAUUUGGGCAAGCCUUUGUUGUAUCAGAUGAGCAAAAGCUUGGUUGGAAUGACAUGUUCUUCUUGACCACCCUCCCUGUCUAUUCCAGGAAGCCCCACUUAUUUCCCAAGCUCCCUCUUCCUUUCAGAGAAACAUUGAAUCAAUACUCUUUGGAGUUGGAAAAACUAGCCAUGGCUAUCCUACUACAAAUAGCAAAGGCUAUUAAUAUGAACAUUGAGGAAAUGAGAGAGUUCUUUGAAGGUGGAUUGCAGGCAAUGAGAAUGAACUAUUAUCCUCCAUGUGGUGAACCGGAGCAGGUAAUUGGCGCUGCUCCUCAUUCUGAUGCCUCGGCUCUCACCAUCCUGCUUCAGGUCAAUGAAGUAGAAGGUCUCCAGGUAAAGAAAGAUGGGAAAUGGGUUCCUGUCAAGCCCCUCCCCAAUUCUUUCAUUGUCAACAUCGGAGACGCUUUAGAGGUUAUUACCAAUGGAGCCUACUGUAGCAUUGAGCAUCGAGCAACAGUGAAUUCUGAAAAAGAAAGACUCUCGAUUGCCACAUUCUGCAACCCCAACUAUAAUGGAGAAGUAGGGCCUGCACCAAGCUUGAUCUCUGAAGGAAAACAGGCAUUGUUUAGGAGAGUUCGAGUAGAAGACUAUUUGAAAGCCCUAUUUGCUCGUCAGCGUCAUGAAAUAUCUAAUCUUGAUUCAAUGAGAAUAUAGCAUUUUGGAUGUCAAAAUGUUGUCCCUUUGGAUUAUAUAUAGUACUAUGAUAUAAGAUAUGCAUUGGCCUUGGACAACUAGGAUAAGUCCCUUCUUCUUUGGCCCUCCUUGGAUUGCAAUAGGCACAAUUCAUGUACAAGGUUUAGGAGUUUUAAUAAUGAAUUUAUAUUUGAUGCA